AUGAGAGAAAUGACAAUGUUACCAGCUUUACUCGACAUUGUUGAUGAAAUUUACUCCAACUUGGAUCAUCAAUCAAAGACCAGCGAACAUCAAAUUCCGUUGUUUUUCGUUCCGCAAAGACCUGGUCAUGUUUGGGGAAAAGGAAGAAAAUGUGGAUUUGGACCAAUGAGAGAAUGCCAAAGAGGUCAGCGAGUUAAGAAAUGUGGUGGAGUCUGCGAUGCGGACAAACCAUCAGAGGAUUUCAACGUUUCCAUCGAUGUUAAGGAUUUCCAACCAGAAGAAAUUUCAGUUAAAGUGAAGGAUCGUGAAAUUCUCAUUGAAGGCAAACAUGAAGAACGCGAAGAUGAAUUUGGAAUCGUUUCAAGACAGUUCAGUCGACGAUACAUCCUUCCAGAAGAAUUCGAUCUUGACACAGUCUCAACAUUAUUAAAUACCGAAGGAAAAAUGACAAUCAAAGCUGUGAAACUUCAACCUGCUGUCGAUAACAAUGAGAGAAUUAUUCCAAUUCAAAGAGUCAAAAGUGCUGCAUCUGAAUCAUCAAAAGAAAAUGAAACAUCACCGAAAAUGCAAGAUGAUCAACAAAUCAACGAAGAACAUAAACUUGAUGCCGCACAAGGAACAUCCAAGGAAUAA